AUGUCCGAAUUAAUGAAGGAAAUUAACAGUGCUGUGCAAAAUUUUUCUCCAGAGCACCAACAAGUCGCAGAACCUCUUUUCGAAUUAAUAAGUGAUGAAUCUUUGAUGUCAUUGGAGUCCUAUAAGGAUUGUGAUUAUGGUUUACCACUACAACAAUAUUCUUAUCAAGAUAGCAACGUUCUUCUCAAUACAAGUUGUUUCAGACAGGAAGAUAUAAAGCUAUUGAAUAAUAAUACUAUUUCCCAGCCAAUGCCUACUCUCCAGUAUCCAACUACUUGGUACCCAAUAAAUAAUAAUAGUCCAUACAGCUCUAGCUCUGAUCCAUUCAGGGGCGUAGACCUAAACUCACUGCCGCCUGUUCAAAGUGAUCAUGUGAAUACUAUCCCAGCAUUAGGAAGUAAAAGAGCGAGAACACAAUACACAUCUCUGCAGUUAGUCGAACUCGAAAAAGAAUUUCAGACAAGCAAAUACUUGUGUCGCCCCAAACGAAUCAACUUGGCACAGACACUAAACCUUACCGAAAAACAAAUAAAAGUUUGGUUCCAAAACAGACGUAUGAAGUUUAAGAAGGAAAGUAAAGGCAAAAGUCAUCGAAAUGGAGAGAAUAACAAUGGAUCACAAUCUCCUAUUCAAAACGGAGGAUCGGAUGUUGAAUCUUGCUUAAAAAUUAAUGCUGAAGAAUCAACAAUUACGAAGAGAUUGAUGACUCAUUCAGUAUUGAGUCAGAGAUCUAAGUACUCUCUACCGAUGACAUCAAGCGGAUCAGUUUAUGUCAGUCCAAUUUCCAGUCAAUCGACGUCUUGUGAAGCUUUUCAACCUCCAGCUUACUGUACUAAUCCCUCUGGGUUCCCAUCUACGCCAGCUACUUAUCCAUUGGCUGCGUAUGAAGCAAUUUCACCAUUUCCACAGGAAGAGGCUUCUUAUUCGACUGAAGAUAUUAUGUCUUCUAUUUUCAACCAAUAUGAUGGAUUGACUGAACAUCAAUUACAAAGUAGUCCAUGGAACCAACAUACCUUUAACAGUAGUUUGCAUAAUAAUGAACUUUCGGGACUGCUUCCAUUAUAA